AUGCCUUAUAGUACUGGUUGUAAAACACCACUAUCUAAUUUUGAAGCUGGUCAGAACUAUAAGAUCCAAGAUAAUACGGCUCUUGUGGCAUGGACUACUACUCCAUGGAUUCUUCCAAGUAAUCUUGCUUUGUGUGUCAAUGCAAAGUUUGUCUAUCUUAAGAUUCCUUGGUUGGGAAGAAGUAUGAACCUUUGUUUGAUUACUUUUAGCGAUUUCUCAAGUGUGACUUUUCGACUAGUAGCAGAUGAUUAUGUCAUGAAUGAUAGUGGUACUGGUAUUGUCCAUUGUGCUCCUGUCUUUGGUGCAGAUGACUAUCGUGUUUGUCUUGAGAACGAGAUAAUUAAGAAGAUUGUCAGAGAUUUCAAACGUCCAGAUGGUUUGAAAGAUACAGAGAUUGAUGCAGCUGUAGAUAAAGAUGAAUCUUUGAAAAACGAAGGUGUUGCCCGUGAGGUAAAUAAAUGUAACCGAAGCGAUUAA